CUCACACAUGGCAAUGGACGAUUCGGAGACAUCGUCGCUAUAUAAGGCGACAUCCGUGGCCGUCACAUCGCCGAGCGCAACACACGCAGCAUGCCUCUCGAACGGCCGCCUCCAGAUCCGAUGCCUCACAACCUUCGACAUACAGAGGAACGUAGGACUGCCACCCUCCGUUGAGACCAAGAUCGCCCGCCUCGCAUGGUCCCCACCUGUUGCUCCUCCGCACACAUCCUCCGCGUCCACAUCGUCACGGCGCGCGCCCCGGCCCGUCUCGAACCGCGUCCUCAUUCAUGACGACAACACAACGCGUGUAUAUGAUCUGCGCGAUGAUAGAUGGAAUGCAGUCAUCAAUAACGGCUCAGGCGGCAUGGGGAGGAACGUACACGUCGAGUUCGGCGCCAACGAAGACGAGGUCAUUGUGUGGAGCGACUUCGGCGCAUGCGCAAAGGUUUGGUGCCUAAGAUCCGGGCGAGCAAUCGAGAUUAGGGAUCCCAAGUUCCCCGGCAAAGAAGGCAGGGGGUGGGGAUACAGACCGUCGAGCAGCGAAAGUCCGGGCGGCGGGCAGGCUGGAAGGGGAGGGGUCAUGGCUAUGCUGUGUCGAACGUCGGGCAUGGAUGUCCUCAUGCUGCUUGCACCGCGCACGUAUGCGCAGAUCAGUCGCGUUGAUCUGCCUACGGUCGAUGCAGCAGGUUUAAAGUGGAGUCGUGAUGGGCGUUGGAUUGCGGUUUGGGAUGCGCCGUCGACUGGGUACAAUCUGUACAUUUACACCGCCGAUGGACACCUGUACCGCACCAUCACCCGCGAGCCGUCCAAUGAUGUGAGGGAAUGGUUUGUCGAGGGCCUGGGCAUCAAGAGCGUCGAGUGGGCUCCUGGAACAGAAUGGCUUGCAGUGGGUGGCUGGGAUCGCAGAGUGCGCAUUCUCUCGACGCGGACGUUUGCGCCUGUCGUCUUCCUGGAUCACACUGCCGCCGUCGACGUUCCUGGCGCGCCUGUUUUCUCCGAGCAAGUCGAUGGGCAGGGCAACAGGACGUACACAAUCACACCACAACCCGUCACGCCGCCAAAGGCGCCGCUGGAGAAGAGCGAGACAAGUUUGAUGAAGCAAGGUAUCAGCAUUCUUGCAUUCAAUAGCGACGGCACAUUGUGCGCUACGAGGGACGACUCGACACCAAGCACAGUCUGGAUCUGGGACUUGCGAAGUCUGAGACCUCGAAUGAUCCUCAUUCAACACGCACCGGUCAAGACCCUGCAAUGGCACCACGAUAAUCCUGCUCUCCUCCUCAUCCAGACUACAUACGACUCACCGACCUUGUAUCUCUACCAGGCUUCUGACCUUUCAGCUUCAACGUCCGCCUCGACGUCAGCAUCAGCACCCCCUCCAGCUAUCCUCGACCUCUCUUCCCAGAUUGCCAAACAUGCAUCAACUCUUCCGACAAGAUGGACAACAUCUUGGUUGCACACCCCAGCCGACAAGAAACCCGCCUUUAGACUCGCCCACCAGUCCGGCUACAUUUUUACCUGGCCUUUCGGCAAAGAUGUCAUCCUUCGCUUCGAUACACCAGAUGGCAGUGACGCCAGCGACGAUAGCCUGUACGAUAUCCUGACUGGUCGGACACCGGUGCCGAGACUACCCGACAGCGAUGGUCCGGACAUGGACGACAGUCUGCUGGCAGAACAACAGCUUGUGACUGAAGACGAGGGGUAUCGAGUGAGCUUCGAGGACACGUUCAGGGGCAAGAUGAGGGAGGAGUCGGAGCGCAGAAGGGGGAGGAGUGUGUUGGAUGAGAGUGGGUUAGAUGAAAUAUUCUAGCCCCUCUCUACCUACGAAUCUUGGACAUGAGUAUGGCGUACGGUGUGGCAUGAUUUUGGGCUGAGCUGAGUUGAUCAGUGGUAGAUACCCCUCUCUUUUCUUUCUUCCAGGUACAGUACCAAACAUCUAGUACCAAAUUACAGUGACAUGUUCCACGAACCUUUGA